AUGACCGACACUUAUGGCCCGAAACCUCAAUCUUUCGAUUUGGAGGAUGGUGGGGAGAGGUAUUACAUCGGCGCUGAAGUGGGGAAUUACUUGAAAUUCCACCGUGGCACUCUUUACAAGAAAUACCCUCUUUUAUGGAAACGAGUGGCGACAAUGGAGGAAAGGGAAAGGAUUCGGAACAUCAAUGCAUCACCCGCUUUUUUGAAUACGAAUAUCAUGCUCGUCAAGCAAACGGAAGUUGACGAGAUGCUAUCGGGAAACGAUGAAAAAUAUCGGGUACCCGGUGGUCAAUCUACGCCAAGAACUGAAGGCGGAUUCACCCCGUUGAAGCCGAAUCCACCAAAGGCUGCGCCAACAAGUGGAUGGAUUGGGCAACAGGUGACCACUGGCUCUCAUCAUCUCGAAUCUGUGCCCGCGUCUCAUCCAAGUGCACAUGGAAGGGGAAAAUUCAAAACAAAGGACUCAAUCUAUUCGACAGAAGAUCUAGAACAGGCCCGAAAACUGCUCGACAACGCCGAUAAGCCGGAAGAUUUGAUCCCAAUUCGGCUGGAUAUGGAAAUUGAUGGAAUCAAGCUGAGAGACACGUUCUGCUACAAUCGAAAUGAGCACCUCAUUACACCGGAUAUUGUAGCUGAACAAAUGUGCGAAGAUCUUGACUUGCCCCAAUCUUCCUUUCAACCGGCCAUUGCAGCCGCCAUCUUUCAACAAAUUGAAACAUCUGAAGAGCCAGUACAAAUCGACUCCCAAACAGCUGAUCAACGCGCUGUCCUUAAGCUCAACAUCAACGUUGGAAAUCAGAAUUUGGUCGAUCAAUUUGAAUGGGACAUGAGCGAACAGAGCAAUAAUCCCGAGGAUUUCGCGCGAGUUCUCUGCGCCGAAUUGGGGCUUGGAGGGGAAUUCCGGGCGACCAUCUGUUAUUCGAUUCGUGGUCAAUUGAAUUGGAACCAAAAGACGUUCGCUUUCUCUGAGUCUCCGCUUCCAACUGUUGAUUGUCCGUUCAGAAAUCCAUCGGAUUGCGAGCAAUGGGGUCCAUUCUUGGAAACGUUAACCGAUGCGGAGAUUGAGAAAAAGAUGCGCGAUCAGGACAGAAAUACGAGAAGAAUGAGGCGGCUUGUCGGCAAUUACAAUCCAUUU